AUGGACACAUCUCAAGCAGAUAUUCAAGCACAUUUUUUGGAAGACGAAGAUGCUGUUAUUAGAGGUACGUUUUUGAUCGUUUUAUUAUUGUUUUCUGGUUUUAGUGUCUACAGCAGUCUUCGAAGACUUUCAUCAGACCUUCAGCAACGAUGAGUACACUUUGUCACAGAUGUUGAACGAGUGUAAACAGGUAAGGUAUUGUUUUAGGAGUUGAUUUGCUCAGAUUUUUUGAAAAUUGGAGUUUUGGUGUGGUGGUUAAUAUAAAAUUGAUGUUUGAACUAGGAUAAACUGGAUUACUCGAGACUUUUCUUUGAUUAAAAGUUAGAAUAGAGUUAAGCUUUUAAAACUAAUUUUUAAUCGUUUAGACAUUACAAAGUGGAGUAACAGCUCUAAGACAGAUAGCUACUGGAGUUCGGCACAAGAGUGGACAGUUAACGAAAACCGCUGGGCUCUUGGCCUUCGAACAUGACAUUAUUAAACUUCUUUGUGAUUCAGAUGAUAUGGAUAAACAACUUGAUAAUUCUUCAGAAGUAAGCUACCAGAUCUUUAAAAACGACGUUAAUUUAUAUUGUUUUAGGUUAUUGUAGAUGAAAUAAAUAAUUUUGUGGGUAAUUAUUUUUUUUUCAGCUUCCAAGUCAACUUCACAAGAUUUUAAAGAAGGAUAGAGAGUUUAGAAGCAUUUAUAAUUUGAUGAAGUGGUGUGAAUAUCGAAGUAGCGAUUGUCCCAAAGGUUUUACAGCGAUUUUGGGCGGAGCUGUGGAUAUUAACAUUGAAAAGAUUAGGUAUGCUUUUGUUUUUGAUUGUUUUGUGUUCAGGUGAAGAUACGUUAAGGUUUUUACUAUCAAUUAGAUGUUAAUUUGUAAGGUUUACUUUUGGAAAACAUUUGAUUUGAGGCGGUUUAUGUUUAUUUAAUAUAACAUUAGGUUUAUGUAGAUGAAAGUCUUUUUUUUCGAAGUGUUAGGGAGUAAAAUGAAAUUUGUGACGUAUAGGUAGUAAAAUACGAUUUUUUCAAGACGAUCAACUAAAAAAAUUGUUUUAAUUUGACGUUUUCAACUAAUAUUGUUUUAGAGCAGACCUUCGUAGCUGGACGGCAACAAAUGACUUGGAUUUGAUCUUUUCUGACUCAAACCGACUAAGAGGGCAGUUCGAACAAAGUGCAGUGCUAUUAUAUCAACUUAUGGUUGCAUUUGUCCGAUCUGGUCGGAUUGCUUUGGCCGUAGAAGAAGCUGAAAAGGCCGGUUGUCACAACUUGGCCGCCAUCUUGGACAGUCGCUCAAUUUUCUACGAACUAGAGCUAUCAACCGAUGAUCCGACCGAUGAAAACUAUGGUUUUAUUGAAGCCAGAAAGGCUAUGAAGCUAACAGCACAGUCACUAUUGUCGAAUACUGAGAAAUCGACCAGAGAAGAACAACGACUAUUGUGGUCGAUUUUGGCGGUCGAUCAACGAGAAAUGAUUGCCAGGGCCAAUAAUUAUGAGGACAGUUUAUGGGUAUUGUUGAAUUGUGCGUUAGAGAAGAUUUUCGAGCAGAAAACUGAUAAGGAGUUCUCGGUGGAGUUGAACAAGCAUCAGAACGUCAAGUUUGAGACGGUGAAACAGAUCUUUGAAGCUUUGAUCGGGGAGGAACAAGGGUCAGCGAGGUAGGGUGUUAUAUUUGGUUUUUAAAGCGCUGUAAAUGCACAAAAUCCCUGUAUCUUGAUAAUCUUUUGGUCGUAAUAUAUAGUAAAUGAGCCAGGCUGAACGGGUCUUCUUUCAAUGUUUGUUCAUAAUCAAUAUCAUUUCAGCCAAGCCGAUGUAGAAUUCAAAAUCAUAGCUUAUGUAGCAAUGGAGGAUAACGAGAAGCUCAGCGCCGUUCUCCGCCAAGAACUCAUCAAAGACCUCGAGAUGCAUACUGUCAGGUUCUACGCCCAUUUGGUACUGUUAAUGUUGGCAAAAGAAAAGAAAUUGCACCAAGAUGUCAUUGAUACAGUACUAUUAAAGUUUGUGGACGUUCUGGCACAGUUAGGACUGAUCAACUUGUGCCCAUUCUAUCUGGCAUAUUGUACUAGGAAGUUGGCUGAAGAACGGUUCAUGAAGCUACUGAAAACGAUUCAGAAUGACGAGGAACGACAGGCCAUAUUGGCCAGGGCUGAGGUCUAUCAGUUUGUGUGAGUUUUGAAAUUGAAAAGGGGAAAAUUUUGGUUUUUAUGUGACAAAUUGAUAAGUAUUUUGAUUUUUACGUAACAAAAUGAAGAAAAACUGGGUUUUUAGGUAAUAAAAUAAUGAAAAAUCAUAUUUUAGGUAACAAAAUGGUGUAGUUUUAUAUUUUGGGUAAUAAAAUGACACGAAAAAUUUAAGUGUAGGUAACAAAAUAAACAAAAUUGAGAUUUUUAGGUAACAAAAAGUCGAUUUUUAAUGAAAUAAAGUUUAAAAAUGGGUCAAAAAUUAACAAAAACUAAAAUUUGUUACCUAAAAACCUUUAAAACCACCAAUUUUCAGGCCUCGAUCUCUGUGCACGGCCAUUUACCGCCGUGCCAAGCAAUCCCUCUUAUCGACCAAAGACUCGACUCUCGACCAGGAUCUUCUCGAAGCCAGUCGAGCGUGGCAUUGGCUGAAGUUGUGUAAAGAGUUGACAAUCGAAUCACUAAUGGAAGCCAACUUUUUAUAUCGAAAAAUGUUCGCCAAAGGACGGCGAGCUGCGGCCACGGAUCUGUUCCAAACCCUGCCGGCUGACUUGGCUGAGGAUGCUGAGAAAUGCUUCAGGGAGAGAGAGGGAGCUGUUGAGGAUGGUAGGUCUUAAGAUUCACCGAUUUUUAAAUGGGGGAGGGGGUGAUUUUGAAAAAAUUUUUAAAUUAAUAAAAUUUUUUUUAAAUUUUAAUGUCAUAUCGUUCCUACUUUCAGAAGCCCUCCCACUCGACCUAAUUCAAGCCCAACAAGAGUACAUUGGCUACCAACGCUACUUCCAAGUGGCCGAACUGUUCAACCAAUGGGACCAAACCUCGCGCAAAACUGCACCAUCUCUACCAGCCGAAAUCCCGGAAGACAAAUGGGCUAGACUAGACCUGAGGCGAAGAACAGAGUACGAAAUUACAGUAAACGAAGCGCGGCAGUCAAGGGAACGCUACGACAAUGUACUACAACAACAAAAGAACGGAGUCAUCAGUUUGGCCGAGGAGUUGCUGAGACAGGCAGACAAAUGGCUGUGGAUGGACGAUGAGGAUGCGAUUGAGGAGCUGGAGGAGGAUGCGUUGAGGGUAAGAAGGGGGAGAAGGAAGGUUUAAUUGGUCAUUUUGGUAAAAAAUUUAGGUAAUAAUGAAGAAAAAAUGGAUUUAAACUAUUUUAAAUUUGUUUAUUAUAUUAAGCAUGUUUUGACUAAAAAUUAAAUUUGUUUAUAUUAAGGACAAAGUUGGAAAAAGUUUUUUAGGUAACAUUUUAUGUGAAAAACAGGAUUGAUAAGCACGGUUUGGCGCAGGGCAGGGCAUUUUUUUAAGUUUUAUGUAAAACCCAUGAAAGGGCUCACUAGGCUUAGAGAUGAGCAACGGGCCGGGCCUGAAAGUUAGGCCGGCCCGUUGCUCAUUUCUAACUAGGCUUGGGCCGAUGCAGAUUUGAAAGGGGUCGUGCAUAUGGGGGCCGAAGGCCGGAGCCCAAACGUCUCUGGAGUCUAGCUUAGGCCCCGCAAUUAAAGAUUUGACAUAUGAGUUAUAUUUAGGACACAGAAUCAGUGCUAUACAAAACAGUAUCUUAUAGUUUAUCAGUGUAAUGAUUUUGUAUAAGUGGCCGGACUGGCACACAUGGGCUCAUAGGCUCAACCUAAAAGUCGAGCCGAAAAAUAGAUAUCUUUAAAGGUCUAAUCUUUACAAAUUUUCACGUUUUUGUGACUAGCUUAACUACAAAAGUUAAAAAAAGCUGAAAAAAACGUUAAAAAGUUUCUUUUUACUGGACCUACGUGUUGUCUCGCCUCCAACUUGUUUGUCGUAUUUUACAAAGUUGAUAAAAAUGAAGGAACUGUGUAAAAGAUUUGUAUAAAACAAUGAAAAUGCAUUUUUAGGUAACUAAAUUUAAAAAAUAUGUAUUUUUUAAGGCCUUUUCGGACUAUAAUAGUUGAAAAAAUGGAUUUUAGUGGCAUCUUUAGGUAACAAACUUUGAAAAAGUUGGUUUUAGUGGCAUUUUUAGGCUAAAAAAUUGAUUUUAAAAAUUUUUUUAUGAUACAAUAUUGUUAAUACUAGUUUACAAUAUCAUAUUUUUAGAAAUUCAAUGAAUAGCAAUACUAAUAAAGAGUGUAUUCUUUAGGAGAGACGACAAAGAAACGAGGACAUAAAGAAGAUCCGGUCGAAAUACCUGGUCGAGGUCGUGGAAGCCCUGAUCAAAGUUCAUCGAACUUCGAAAGAUGAAAUGGCAGUACUCAAUGUAGCUAGGAUUAUUGUUGAUCCGACUUAUGAUAUAUUUAUGGUAUGUUGAAUGUUUUUGAAAAAAAAUGACAUUAGACAUACUUGUCAAUGCUAGUAAUUGUGCUAGAAUUAUAGUAAAAACGUACUGCUACGAUACAGUAUGGGCAAUAUAGAACUAAGCAGUGCUAAUCAACGUUAAUACGGAAAUACGUUGCAUAUUGAUACUGCUAUACAGUACUAAUGAAACCAUACUUGUAAAACCGGGCUACUACGACAUAGUACUAUAUAAAUAGUAUGUACUUUAGUACUGGAUAAAUAGUACUUUAUAAUACUAAAUAUUAAAUAGUAUGAUGGAACAAAUUUGCAUAUUCAUGAUGCUAUAUAGUACUAAAGAACUAAUGUUUGGAAAAACGUGUUACUACGAUAUAGUAUAAUUUACAACGAGUAUUAUAUUGUAGUAGCACGUUUGUACAACUAUUAGUUCUUUAAUGCUAUAUAGCAAUUUGAAUAUACCGAUGUGUUUUUUUACUACUAUUUAGUGCUAUGUAGUACUAUUAAGCCAAUACUAUAUUGUGGUGGCACGUUUUUACAAUUAUCGUUUUAUUAGUACUGUAUAGCACUAUCAAUAUGCAUUUUUGUUAUUAAUGCUAAUUUGUACUACGUGGUACUUAUUAAUGCUAAUUAGUACUACUUGGUACUUAUUAAUGCUAAUUAGUACUAUUUAGUACUUAUUAAUGCUAAUUAGUACUACUUUGUACUAUAUUGUUUAUAAUUUUGAUUGAUAUUACAGUACUACAAUAAUAUCUAUGUUUCAGCUCUUCUCCAAGCACGAUCUCCGCAAACUGCUCCAAAGUAUUUCGAAGAGUGGGGCCGCUCUCCUCUGA